AUGAGUUCGACGUUGAAGGACGGCAACGAAGAACAUCAGGCGGAGACGUCGAAGAUGGCAACGGACGGCGGAGAUCGGACGAAGGACUGGCGACCGUGA